AUGGUCACAAUAUGGCGGAGGAGCCCUGUGAAGGUUAGAGGUCAGCUAGUGCGCUUCCAGCAUUGGCACCCUGAUUUCAACAUUCAUGAAAAACCUAUCAAUAAGGUUCUUGUCUGGGUGAGAUUUCCAGAAUUACCAUUGGAGUACUGGCAUGAGAAAGUGCUUUUAACUAUGGCAAAAGCUGCUGGCCGUCCUCUUGCGUUAGAUCAAUGCAUGAAAAAUGUGAUGUAUGGUAAUUAUGCUAAGGUCCUUGUUGAAAUGGAGAUUGGAGGCUUGAGACCAGAAGAGAUUCAGGUUGAACGUAAGCAGCUAGGGACUGAAAAUCUAUUCUGGUUCAAGCAAAAACUAUUUUAUGAGGAUGCUAUGGGGCAGUGUGGAUACUGUAAGAAGGUAGGACACAUCAUUGGAGACUGCAGAGAAAAAAAAAUCGCAGAGUCCAAGGCUGCUUGUCAUGCGAAUGAUGGUGGUAUCCCAGGUGCAAACUAUGUUGACGAACCGCCAAGGGACUCGGUGGCUCCAGCAACCUUGUCUUCCACGCAAAGAUUGCAGCAGUAUGGCAGAGCUGGUAUCAUCCAUGGGGGCGGCUCAGCCUCGCACGGUGGUGGGGCAACGGCUCAUAGAGAAGAUGAGAAUCAGAUGGAGAAUAUUCCUAUUAUGGAAGUUGACUCCAAAAAGGAAACUAAUUUAUCGGAAUCAAUUACUCCCCAGUCUAGGUGUCCUUUGGAGAUGGAGAUGAAUAUUCCCUUAGCAAAUAUGAAAGCUAAUUAA